CUACUUCGAAGUGUUAGGAUUUUUGACAUAGAAGAUGAUGUGAGAAGAGUGACCUGGUAUGUUAAGAGCAUAAUUAAUUGCGACUCAAUCUUUAAACACAAGAAAUUACGACGUUUUUAUGACCGCGUCUGUCACAAAGCGGCGAAUGGUAAGAAAAAACAUUUGAUGUCAAUAGUUUCCGGGCAGGCUCGCGCCCGAUCAUAACCGCAAAGUUUGAAAUGUAAGCAAGCCAAUAUUUCCUUGAUCAUUGUGAUGAUGAAGAUGGCCAGAUUUUACAAUUCGUUUCACGUUACGGAACAUGUUUUGAUGGCGACGAACAAUUAACAUAGGACAUUUCUUCACGCCGGUGUUGACAUUGAUGACAAAGACUUAGUCCAAAUAUUAUUAUCUUGUUCGCGUUCAUCCUCCUGGUUUUCCAAAGAGUUUACGAUCGAUUAUCGCUUUAAGAUCAGCUUUUCUUAAAGGCGAUUCACCGGUGGAUAUGGCAAGGAGUUCUUUUCCGCUGUGGGUAUUUUUUAACCUGCAACUUUGCGUGCAGUUCACGGGUGGCUCGAAUGCUCGUGCUCACGAUCAGACAUGGAUUACUAUUCGUCAAAACCAUCAAUAUGUCUUACCUCGGCUGAGAUAUAUCACUGAAGACAACCGAGCAUGGAAAAGUGGAGGUUUAAGCGGCAGACAAAGAAUGAUAGGAAAAAGAGACAUAAAAGCAGAAAUAACAUUUGAAGCCUUUCAACAAAACUUCACACUCGACCUAUAUCAGAAUCGUGGUCUAUUUACCUCGCAGUACCUCGAAAGACACGAACACUUCAAUGACUCUGGAAACGACGCUGGAAAAGUUGAUCAUUGUUUCUUUCACGGACUCGUCAGGGGUAGGGCAAAGUCGAGUGUGUCCCUGAGCACUUGUGAAGGUGUAGAGGGGCUUAUAUAUGACGGUGAAACAUCUUACUAUAUUGAACCUACGGACCGCUCCUUUCAUUUGUUCUACAAGAUAAAAGAUCUUAGUCUGGUUGAAUAUAAUCCGCGUGGUCAAAGGAUAAUUCAGGAUAGCGGUAUUCAAACGGUUAAUACAGAAAGACAAGUUUCAGAAAGAAGAAUUGGCAACGUCAAAACUCGAAGAAGAGUUCGUAAAAAUGUCUUCACCGAGACCAAAUAUGUUGAAAUGCUUAUAAUUAACGAUCACAAGCAGUUUGAGGCUUGUGGGAAGAAUUUGACGAAGACAAAUUUGCGAGCCAAACAAAUUGCAAAUAUAGUGGACGCCAUUUUCAAGCCGUUGAAUGUUCGUGUAGUAUUGGUCGCCAUAGAAACGUGGGACGUUUUGGACAAAGUCAAAGCGGACGCUAAUGCCGAUACAUACUUGUCAAAUUUAGUGAAAUACAGACAAAAGAGACGGCGAAAAUAUCCGAGCGACGUAACAAAACUUUUGACGGGAGUGUCACUUAAAGAUUCCGUUCGAGGUAAGGCUCAUGUGAUGACAAUUUGCACAGAUCAAUCGGCAGGCGUGAUCCAAGAUUACAGCCGAAAUGCAGCUUUUACUGCCAGUACAUUUGCCCAUGAACUAGGCCAUGUGUUCGGCAUGUAUCACGAUGAGGACCUACCUCGUUGCGUGUGUAAAUCACCCAAUUCGCGCGGUUGCGUUAUGAGCGAGCAUGUCGGCCGUGAACCAGCCACUGGCUUCAGUAACUGCAGUCUCAAAGGACUUUACGAAACACUAUCGCGGGGCUUAGGAUCAUGCCUUUUUAAUGUCCCUAGAACGUUGUACGGGGAUCCUGUAUGUGGAGACGGGAUAGUUGGAGGGGACGAGGAGUGUGAUUGUGGUACUGCACAAGAAUGCGCUGCUAAGGGAAACGCCUGUUGUGAUCAUGUGACUUGCAAGCUGUACGCGCAUGUGCAGUGUGCUGGGGGCCCUUGCUGUGAGAAGUGCAUGUUUAAAAAGAGCGGAAGUGCUUGCAGGGAGACUGUGAACGAAUGUGACAUCCCAGAAUUCUGUACUGGAUCUUCUGGGAGUUGUCCUAAGGACGUCUUCGUUUACAAUGGUUACUCUUGCGCCAAUAACACGGCCUACUGUUACUCUGGGCAAUGUUUAACCCACGACAGCCAAUGUCAAGACCUGUGGGGCCGCGAUGCCGUUUCUGGUCCAGAUAAGUGCUAUAAUUACCACAACACGCGUGGCAACAAGUAUGGGUUUUGCCAUAAGACGAAGAAAGGAAAGUAUCGACCGUGCAAGCUAAAGAACGCAAAAUGUGGUAAACUAUGGUGCCUUGCUAGCAAUCAGUGGCCUAUCAUAGGUAUACAAAGAGACGUAAUGGGUUCCCAGUGGCCAUUUCAAAGCAAGACAGUCACAUGUAAAGGUACUAAUUUACAAAUGGGCGUGGAUGUAUCGGAGGCUGCGAUGACCCUUGAUGGAACAAAAUGCACUGAUGGAAAAGUGUGCCUGAACAGAAAAUGUGUACCUAUUAGAGCACUACUCGGAAAAGCGCUUCUAUGUCCCAAGAACUGCUCUGGUAAUGGUAUAUGUACUAACAUCGGUAUAUGCUAUUGUUUCAAACCUUGGACUGGGACUUCUUGUGAUACCAAGCUCUCAGAUAUUAAACCAACGUCUAUCACGAAGAAGCCCAUCAAAACAAUGCUGCAAAGUACUUCUGAAAAAACGCAUUUGAUCAGUACGAAACCGCGAACAAUUGCGACGAUGAAACCAGUUACAAAUACAAGCCCGACUGGAUUGCAAGCAGCAGAAUCCACACAGGUUUACAUCGCAGUCUCUGUGAGUUUUUUCGUUCUCGUCGUCGUCUUUGUUGCAGGACUUUGCAGUUAUAACCGACGGUAUAGGCACCGGAAAUUUGUUGUGCUGAAUAAGGACAAGAAACAAAGGGUUGAACCGCGACUUAAAGUUAUCGUUAUUUAAGAAAGUGUUUUAAUAUAAAUAUUUAUUGCAAGAGGAGGCUUAAACAAACGUAAUUUAAAAAGAAUAAGUGUACAUAUAUUUGUUUCACAUUAAAUUAUUGGCGAAGUUUU